CUGUUUAACCCAACGUAGCCGGAAGUCGAGCAAAAGGCUGUAGCCAGAGCCCGUCUAUAUUCUCUGAUAUCUAAAAUAUUUUGUGCCAGUUCGCCAACAUUUUCAUCACCUUUAUUAUUGCUGCUCACGGAAUGCAUCUCUGGUCUACCAACAAAACGACCACAAGGUACACUUCUCGUCUGUAGGACUAUACCAGCUGUUUAACUAGAUGAAUAUGGUAGUGAACUCGCCAUCCCCCCUGCCAGAAAGGGCCAUCUAUGGAUAUGUGCUUUUCUUGGGCUCACAGUUUGGAUUGUUUUUGUAUUUAGUGUGGGCAUACGUUCCAGAAGCUUGGCUUCAUUCAGUUGGAUUAACAUACUGGCCCCAGAAGUACUGGGCACUUGCUGUGCCAGUUUAUCUCCUGGUUGGUUUAACAUUCUCUUUAAUCCUUUUGUUUGGGAUCAACAUGAUAAACACAGCCCCACUCUGUUCAGUUGAUAACAUCACAGAUUCCUACGCCAAAGGUCAACAAAUAGACUCAUGUUCAAGAGGAUCUACGCCAAGACUGAAGGAUGUGUCCAUUAGUGAAAUAAACCGCAUGUUUUAUUUAUCAGUAGAUGAAUGACAUGUAUAAAAAUAUACUUUUACAUAAUAAA